UUUAAUGGAAAUAGAGAUGAAGCCGAAUGUAAGGAUAUGGGUGCCGUCUUCGACAACAGUGCGGAAGAAGAAGAUGAGCAGAGGUGCGGAGGUCAAGUAGCGAAGGUGGAGGCGGAGAAGUGGUCAUGGCGUGAGAUGAAGCUGCGUGCGCAUGGCACUGAGACGCAAAGGACUAUUAUAAGGGAGGCUCAUCUCCUCCAACUGAUGGCGCCCCUGUGGAGGUGAUGUUAGCUGAGUUUAAAACUGAAAUUUAGGCUUGAAAUGGGUUGGGGCAAACCGGACCGGUUUGGGCCGGGGAACCAAAGCCUGCCCUAACCCAAUUUAUCCCGCUGGGCCGGGCCUUAGCGGCAGCUGCGAGCUGGCCUGAGUUACCUUUUCAAGCUGGCCACCGUUACAAAGUCCCGCAAUUUCUUUUCUUUCAAUUUCUCUCCCGCACUUACCGUUGGAAAAUUCCAGGCCCUGCUCAUCGCUCCCCGCAAUCUCUCUCCCUCGCUCCCCUGCAAUCGAUCCCCGCAAUCGAUCAUCGAUGGCUGACCCCCUUUCGGUUCUCCUCCUUGCACGCCUCUCCAGAGGGUCUUUGAAUUCUUGCCCUCAACAGGUGCAGUUUCUUCAAAGAUGGGAAAAUUUGGACAGAUUCAUUCCAAACAGAUCAGCAAUGGACUUCGACUUUGCCCAUUACAUGUUGACUGAAAGGGGGAAAGGCAAAGAGAACCAAAGUGUUAGGUCUCAAUCCAAAGAGGCCUACUUGAAACUACUGGCUGAGACAUUCAACAUGAAUCGCUCUCGCAUCCUCGCCUUUAAGAACAAACCACCUACUCCAGUAAAAUUGAUACCAGAUGAAUUCUAUUCUUCUGUUCAUCAAUCCAAGCCCUCAAAGCCUCUGCGGCGUAUUCCUCAGAUGCAACAGACUCCUGUGAGGACAUUGGAUGCUCCUGAUAUUAUAGAUGAUUUUUGCUUGAACUUAAUGGAUUGGGGUAGCAGCAAUGUUCUCGCACUUGCUCUUCAAAACACGGUAUAUUUGUGGGAUGCUUCAAAUGGUUCUGCCUCAGAGCUUGUCACUGUUGAUGAUGAGAAUGGCUCUGUUACAAGUGUGAGUUGGGCUGCUGAUGGACAAUAUAUUGCCAUUGGCUUGAACAGUUCUGAUGUUCAGCUAUGGGAUUCUACAGCUAAUCGGCUGCUGAGGACUCUGAGAGGUGGCCACCAAUCACGAGUUGGUUCUCUAGAUUGGAAAAACCACAUCCUUACAACUGGGGGAAUGGAUGGUCAGAUCAUUAACAAUGAUGUGAGAGCGCACUCGCACAUUGUGGCAACUUUUAGAGGACACCGACAAGAGGUUUGUGGACUGAAAUGGUCUACCUCUGGCCAACAGUUAGCGAGUGGAGGAAAUGACAAUUUACUCCACAUAUGGGAUAGGUCGAUGGCCUCCAUGCAUUCACGUUCUCAGUGGCUUCACAGGCUUGAGGAUCAUACUGCUGCAGUAAAAGCGCUUGCUUGGUGCCCUUUUCAGCGCAAUUUGCUGGCUUCUGGAGGAGGUGGGAGUGAUGGUUGCAUAAAGUUUUGGAACACCCACACUGGCGCAUGCUUGAACUCAGUGGACACUGGCUCACAGGUCUGUGCUCUGCUGUGGAACAAGAACGAGCGUGAGUUGCUUAGCUCCCAUGGCUUUAUGCAGAAUCAAAUGACCCUCUGGAUGUAUCCAUCAAUGGUGAAGAUUGCUGAGCUUACUGGUCAUACAUCCAGAGUUCUUUUCAUGGCUCAGAGUCCAGAUGGGCGUAUAGUGGCAACUGCUGCAGGAGAUGAGACUCUCAAGUUCUGGAAUGCUUUUGGCACGCCAGAAGUGAAAAAGGCUGCACCAAAAGCAGAGCAUCCUGGGCCAUUUCCUCAUCUAAGGAGAAUCCGUUAGGGUUUCUUUUGGGUAUUAGGAAGUAUCAGGGAAAGAAGAAAAUAUGUUUUUAAGCUCGAUAAAAUCUCUCCAUAUUCUUUUUUCAACUUAAAUUACCAAUUUUAAUCAUAUUAGAUUUUCUUUCACAUUUUUCAUCCAAGCCAAACACAAAAUUGUGAUUUUUCUUUUUUCCUUAGCACUUUCUUGAAAUAGGAGGUUUCCCUAAUUUUGAUUUUUGAGUCUCUUUCUUUGUUCUCCUACUUUAUUUCAAAAUUAGGGUUUGUUAAACAAUUUUUUUUAAUUGAUUUUUUUGUUUUAUUUAUGAAAUAAUUAUUUUGAUUUCUGGACUUUUUUUUUUUUUUUUUUUCCGAUUCUGAGUCUAGGUUUUCCUUUGAUUUGUAAUAGGGUUUUUUAUUUUUGAUACAAUUGUUUUGAUUUUUGAAAUUGGGGGUGCAUGGGUAGGGUGGGGUGAUUCCCUAAAUUUGAUUUUUGAGUUUAGCGUUUUUCUUUUUCAAUUUUAUUUGUGAAUUAGGGUUUUGAUAAAUAGAUUUUUGUAACAAAUAAAAAAUAAUAAUUUUAGAAUGGGGGCAUUUUGUUUUUAUGAUAUUCAUUUGUUCUUGGUUUGAUCUCCAAAACAAUUAUUUUGAUUUCUGAAUAAUCUUUCAGAUUCUUUCCAAGAAUGGGAAAAUUAGUAGUGGAGAAGGAACAGGUUGAGAUAGUAAAGCCUUGCGCAGACACAUGAGAGUAAAGAAUAGUCGUUCUCCAAAACUCUCUUGAUGUCCUCCUCAUCAACGAUACUGAUAUUGACGUGAGCAUCGGUUCCUUUAGCCAUCUGGAGGGCCUCCCAGGCCUCAUGUGAGAGAACAGGGACAUUACCUUACGAAAUAUUUCAUAUUGUGAUCCAUUCAUAAUCUGUUUGGUUGCUAAGGAAGGAAAAAUUAUAAACUGCCUCUCCUCCCCUGUUUCUCAAAAGGUAGGAUUUUGUUUGUUUAGCAUCAUCAUCCUUACUUUUCAUUGCAUUCUUCUACACAACAUUUUGAAAUUAUUCUUUUGCUUUUCAAGUAAAGCAGCCUUAUAUAGUUCUACUCUAGGCUCUUAGCUUUAUAUAAAAGCCCAAGUUCUUUUCAAAACCCUUUGUUGGGCCUUAAUUCAUUGAGACUUAUUCAUCCUUCUUUCCCCAUUCAACAAUGGAAAUUUUCAGUUAAAAUGGCUACAAGAUUAUUAGGAGGAUAAUAUUUCUCCCAAUUAUUUUUACCAACAAAUCUCUUGUUGCUUCAAGGCCUUUGAAAGUGGGGGCAGCAGGUUCAUGAUAGUAAUAUAUCAGUGUUUCAUUCCACCUUCUAGACAUUCUUAAUGUACUCGAGUUGACAACACCAACAAUGGAGGUAGUUAUGAGUGAGAAGUGAGAAUGAUUAAGAAACUUGCUUUUAGUAUGAUGCAACUAGCAGCGUGAAUUGACAUCUUUUAUGGUGUGUAUUCUGCAUUUUAAGAGCAUGUUGGAUGUUAGCUAGAAAAUGAAUAUCACGGUUGUGUAUUUCAUAAAUUUUAAUAGCACAUUUCAAAGAAGAUAAUGCAUCUUUUUAGAAAGCUAUACUCCAAGCCCCCAGGCGACUUUUGGAGAAUAAAAGGUUUCGAUUGGUCUCUCAUAUUAGGAGAGAGUGUUGCUUGGCUGGACUGCCCCUUCUCAGAAGAGGAAGUACAUUUUUUCUGUUUUUUAGUUGGAUAACGAAAAAGCCCUCGGGCUGGAUGGUUUCACCAUUGCAAUGUGUUAGAAGUGUUGGGAUGUGAUAAAUGAGGAAGUACAAGGCGUGGAGCUUUCAAAAGAAUGACUCCACCUACAUAAGACCCCAAUCAUUGAGCUGCCUAGAAAAGUGGGAACUCAAAUCACCCCAUUCCCUCACUUGUCCCCAUGUGUAUGCUACCCAACUAUCUUUGUUUGAAGCGCCCCCCCCCCCCCCCCCCCCCCUCUCCCUUCCUCCUCUCCAAACUUCUCUAUUAUGAUUUGCUUCCAUAACAAAUCUCUUUCCAUUGCAAAUCUCCAAUUCCACCUACCAACCAAAGCCUUGUUUAAAGUGAAAAGAUUAUGAAUACCAAGGCUCCCUUCCUUUUUCCCAAGCAAGCAACAACUCACUUAACCAAAUGUGGUUUUUUCUCAAGCGAGCCACCUCUCUAAAAGAAGUCUUUUUGAAUCUUCUCUAGUCUUACAUUGACUUUUCUAGGAAUGACAAACAAGGAUAUAAAAUAAAUUAGAAGACUUGAUAACUUACUUUUGAUCAAAGUUAGUGUUCCUCUUAAAAGGUAUUGCCCCUUCCAAGCUGUUAGUUGUAGACCCUCUAUUUUGUCCCCUUUAGCACAUGUCUUUAAGUGCUCUUUCAGUACUCCAUAAUAGUCUCUUGGUGGCCCAUGGCUACUCAUACAACUUACCCUUUUUUGAGCCACCUCGGAGACUUUAGUUGAGGGAUUUAUUUGACCCCUCAUCGUGACCUUGGCCGCCUUUCGAAUUUAAGUCAAGCUUCACUUGGGUGCACUUUAGGUUAGAUUCCACUUAGUUCACGUCACUUAGGCACUUUUUGACUCACUUUCCUGCAUGGUUUGCAUAGUUGCAUAACUUGCAUGGCUUGUAUGACUUGCAUGUGCUUGAUUCUUCUUUUUAUUUGUUAGUUUUAGUCACUUAUUUAUUUUUAGGAAAUUGCUUAAGAUUAAUGAUUCCAUUUUUUUAGGUUAUUUGAAAUUAUAUUUUAUUAUUAUUAUUUUUUUAAAUAUGCAUGUGUUUGAUAUUUUAGUUUUAAUUGCAUAAUUUUAAUUUUUAAUUCUUAAUUUUCAAUUAUAUGAUUUUCUUUUUCUUCUACUCUUUACUUUCUAUUUUGCAUGGGAUUUUGCAAUGAGGAAAUCUCCACUUUCCAAGCAAGAGACGAAGGUUGCUUCUUUGAAGAAAUUUCUACUUGGCAUCAUAAAGGAAACCACAUUUGAUGCAUUUGGAAAGGCCAUAUACACAGGCUGCAAAAGAGAUCCAGAGACACCCAUAUAUUUGGAAUUCCUUAAAAAAGAAGCAAGCUUGCCAUAAAAGGCACUGAAUGCGGGACAGCUGCCAGAGGGCCAAGGAUCUUGGGGGAUCAAAAAGAAGGGGGAUUUUCCUUCAGCAGAAGUGGGAAAGGAGCGAUUGCUGCCAAAACUGUCCAGGUACACUUCUUGUUACUCUGGGUGUUCUUACCCAUAUUCAAUUCCUCCAUUUGGUUGUUUCUGAAUGUUUAGUUUUUGCUGUUUGGUGUGGACGUUAAGGGCCACAAGUUGUCCUGUUGAGAUCAGUCGUUUACUUCUUUGCCCUAUUUUGAUUUUGAUUCUUUAAUGUGUCAUUGAUGUUUUCUGAAAUUUAUGACUCCAUGCCUGAAUUUGAUAAUGCUCAGUUUUCGUUUAAAUCCUAUUCUGCAUUGUUCCCUCUGUUCUUAGCCCAUGGAUUAAUAUUUGAAGUGGAGCUAUUUAUGUUUACUGAUCGACAUCUUCUGCUCUUUCCUUUUCCGAGUUUUACUUCGUUUUUAUUUGUUCUUUAUUCCUUUUCCUGCACGGUGUUCGAAUCUUUGUCUUUGUAUUUGGGUGUACAUUGGGGAAUGAUGGAAGUGUUGAUAUGAGGGAUGAAGCGUGCAGCAAUCUCCGUAUGUUCGGUGUUUCUGGUGAUUCUACUUUUAUGUCUCCAUGAAUUCCACUACAACCUAUCUAAUUUUCUAAGGAUUUUUUUGUGUUAAUGGAUGAAAGCUCAAAUAUUGGAUAGUUGAUUCCGAGGUAUUGUAGUGAACUGGAGAAACUGGAGGUAGCGUCCUAGACUUACUUCUGGGAUACACCCAUGGAUUAUGAUGACAAUGAUUUUCAAAGCCAAAAUCUUCAGUUAGCUGGUGAAGGGAGUGCCAAAUUUCCUCCUGUUUUAGGGCCAUAUGCUCUUCCCAAGUUUGAUUUUGAUGACAGCCUCCAGGGGCAUCUAAGGUUUGAUAGUUUGGUUGAAACUGAGGUUUUUUCUUGGCAUUGAAAGUGAAGAAGACAACCAGUGGAUUGAGGAUUUCUCUCGGGGAAGUAGUGGGAUAGAGUUUAGUUCAAGUGCUGCAGAAUCUUGCUCUAUAUCCAGGCGGAACAAUGUUUGGUCUGAGGCCACAUCCUCAGAAUCUGUUGAAAUGCUAUUAAAAUCUGUUGGGGAGGAAGAAAUCAUUCCAGGUCAAACUAGUGUCAAGGACUCAGGUGCCUGUGAUGAGUUGGGAAGCAUAACUAAGCAAAUGGAGCAUAAUCUGAAACCAGACAAUAGCAAUCUUUCUAAUGUGGGUAAUGUUAUAGAUUCAGGACCUACAAUACGCCCAUAUGAGUUUCUGGGAAGUUUUUCUGUUCUAAACGAUGCAGGAAAAAAACUACCUCAGAUUGAGGAUACGUCCAAACUCAUGAAGGUGACUCAUUAGCUUACAGAAGUUCAACUGACUUACCUGUCACUGAGGGAAAUAUGUUAAUUGAAAGCAAAGAUGAUGAUGCAAAUCAAAGGGAAAUUGAUAAUUUGGUUAAUGAAUCCCUAAAUAACAAUACUCAGGACGAUUUUUCUGCUUCUGGGAUGCAAGUUGAUAAUAUAAUCACCUCUAUGCAUAAUGUCAUGACAAGUGCUGAGCAGUUGAACAAUCAAAAGGCUCCUCCAGAUCAUAUAAAUGAUAUUAGUCAUGGUAGUGGAGAUGCCUUAUCAAAAGAUAAUGAUGUGGAUGGAGAGGAGCACAAUGUUUUGAGGAAGGAGGACCAAAUGAAUGAUAAAGUUCUGGAGGGAAAUUUAGUUGACAGUGGUGCUGGUAACUUGGAGCACCCUCUCUAUUUGGACUCCAAAGAAUCUAGGGGAGAAGGAAAUGCUGUUGAAACUCGUGCUAGUAAUGUGGAGGGACCUUCUAGUACGAUCGUGAAGGGUGAUUCUGAACUGAAUGUUGUGGAAGGAUGCAGCGAGGGUGUAAAGGAAUCUGUUCAGGAGAGCAAAUGUGAAGAAUUGGUCUUGUCAAAAGACACAGAAAUGGUUAAUCAAUUUACAGGAAAUAUGCAUGGGGGCUCACCCAUUGCUUCAAAAGGUGAGAGUAGUUUUUUAGGGCAUGCUGUUGAGGUCAGCAACAGAAAUGCAGAAAAUUGUGCCAUAUUAGAGCAGAAGAUGGACUCUCAUGUGCAGCUGACUUAUGGAAAGAGCAGUUUUGUGAAGAAAAAGGAUGAUUUGUUGGAAAGUGGGAACCAAUUGAAUAGUGAGAUUUCAACCAGUCACUUGGACACGUCUCUGUUAUCUGAGGUAACCAAUAAACUUUCUGAAGGUAAUUGUGAUGGAAGUGGAAGCCAUCACAAGGGAGAUAUUUCUAGUAAGCUUGUGGUAUCUUCUUCAGCUGAAUUGCAUGGGGAAUCACAUACAACUGAAAUGUAAAAUGUGUAAUUGGAGUUCAUGGAGAAGAUAUAAAUGCUGGAAAUGGUGUUCCAAUUUCCACUCCAUCUGAGUCUACUCAAAUACUCAUUUAAAAUGCAGUCUCCAGGCAGAGUGGUAUUCAUAACUUUGAUUCAGAUGUUCUUGUUGUUGAGGAUGGGAAUGUCAAGUUGAGUACUAAUCUGAGUUAUAUGGAACAUGAGAUUGGUGGAUCCUUGCCUAUUGGCGAAUGUAGCAGAGAAAAUGACGAUGAUAGUGCUAGCUUUGGAUUGAUUGUUGUGGCAGUGGAUUUUUCUUCUGAACAUGAUACAGUGGCUUUUAUAUUAAAUGAAGGCAAAGUAGAAGAAUUAACUUUGCGGUUGUUUGAAGAGGUGAAGAAGCAGAUAAUUACAGGAGCCUGAAAUUUUUCUGUUAGUGUUACUCAGGAUAAGAAGCUGUCCCAUUUCCAAACUAUAUUCAUCAAUAGAAAUAAUGAAGCAUCUAAUUACCUGUAGAAAUGCACCACUGUUUAUGGGCAUUCUUAAUACAGUAUGCAGUUGGGUUGAUAAUUCGUCAUCUGAUAGCACUAUUCUCAAAAGUCCUAUAAACCGAGCAGCAUCAAAGGCAAUGUUGACCCAAAUGAUUAGGCUCAUAUUCAGAAGGACAGAAUUUGAUCCAGACUGUACUUCCUCUGGUUCUGCUGCAAAUAAGGAAGCCACUUUAGCAGAAAGGACUAGUAAUGCACUUUCUCUCAGUAUUGAUACAUCAGAGUCUGAAUUUAGUGAUGUUCCCAAUCGUUUUAUAGCAAUGGGACCUCCUUACUCAUGGCAAACUCAGCUUUAUCAAACAUCUCUGUCCUGGGGUGUGACAGACGACCAGAUGUCACUUUCCUAUGGUCUGAAAGCAAAUAAAGAAGCUGAUUUUCUGGACUGCACAAGGACCUUUUGGCUCUGAUUUUUCAUUAGGUGCCACUUCUUGCCAUAAUGGGAGAUAUCCAGAAUGGUUUUAAUGCAACCCAAGCUAGUCCUUGUGGAGGGUCAAGCAAUGUUGAUGGCCAUAUAAUACAGAAUAGUUCUUCCCAUACUGAUAAUGAUCUAGAGAAAGCAGAAAAACCAUUCUCAGAAAAGGGUCUUCAUUCUGAAUUUGGGAGAAAUCCAUUUGUGUUUAAUGAGAAUCCUUGCAGCCAAUAAUGGAAAUGGCUAUUGAUAACUGGCUUUUGAGGCAAAUUCAAUUACUCAGUCAAGGGGGAGUUGUUGCUCAAGGAAUUCUGUAGGUCCAAGAUUUUCUCUGGCCAGAUAGCAUUUCCUUCAUAAAAUUGGGAACUACCAAAAACAGUAAUGAUGACUCUAAAUCUAUUGGAACCGUGAACCAAGUAGCUGCCAGUGGCAGUAAGGUCUUUGAACCCGGGCCUUUUGAGCUACAACUUGGGGUGCCAUGUAGGGCUAGAGAUGUCAAGAAAAGCAUCUUUAAUGGAGGCUUGCUGCCAUCAAGUCAGUUUUAAUGACGACAUCAACAACGCUGGAUAGAGUUGAGAGCUCUGUUUGAAUACAGUAGUAUCCAGGAUCAGAAACUGACGCUCUUGGCACAAUUACAUCUUUGAUUAAUGGAAGUGAGCAGCAAUCAGCGAGUUCCCUUAUGCAGGCUGCAGAUAACUGGUUAAGACUGCUGAAGAGGUAAAAGAUGGAGCUCAUGAUGAGCAGGACAACAUAGAAACUAAGCUACAGAAGAAUCCAGAAGUGAACUGUGAGAAAAUAGAUGAAUGAGUUGAACUUCUGAGCAAAGACUUGAAACUCCAGAAUGAGUGGCAGUAAGGGAAUCAGAUCUGGAACUGGGUUUUAAUUGCUUCACCACAAUUUCCUGCUAGCAAUGCAAGUUGUGAUUCUGGGAAGCUAGAGUUGGGUUGGAAUGCCUUUACUGAUCAAAAUUAUACACUCAAACCCAGUGAACAUGGACUCUGAAAUGAAUGCGGUCAGUUCUUUUCCAGUCAUGUCUGCAAUGCACAGAGGUCUCUUCACAUAACCACCAGCAAUGCAGUCACAGCCAGACCCCCAAGCCUCAUUCCGACAUGGCCACUCUGGUGCACACUACCCUAUUCCUUCUGCACCCCUCUUGUUUUCCCCGUGAUUUUACAUGUUUUGAAUUAUGUUUUCAAAAUCACCUUCAUCCAAAUAACUCUGAUUUUAAAGAAUCAUCUUCGGACUUUCUUUAGGCAAUAGAAUCCAGAUUUCAAUAAUCUUUUGCUGCCAUUUUUCCUUUUGGCGUGUGCAUUUCCACUAUUUCCUUUGACUUUCAACCAUCUUCUUGAUUUUCUCGAUUUUCCACAAGCAUGAACAAACUUCAUGAUUCUAAACAUCCUCGUGUAAGGCGCCUUCUAUCAGGUACUGGGUUACUGUAUCCUUCACGAUCCUCUACAUCCUUAUGUAAAGCACCUUCCAGGUACUGGGUUACUGCAUCCUUCCUGAUUCUUUUGUUCCAAACACGACCUACACCUGAUAAAUUUCAGCUUUUCCUCGAGCUACUUGUUAUAGUUGCAGCAUCAAAUAUUUCAUUACAAUUCUGAGA